CACACUGCAAUUACAAUCACACAAAACAAAUUUUAGGUGAGGAGAUAGAUGCCAUUCUUGAAACAGUUCUUCUCAAACAAACUUACAAGCAGCAAGGUGUUGAAUACAUUAAGCUGGGAGACAACAUCAUUGAAUAUUCCAAUGAUUUUAAACUUUACAUGACAACUAGUUUAAGAAACCCGCACUAUCUACCAGAAAUAUCCGUCAAGGUUUGCCUUGUAAACUUCAUGAUUACUCCCCUUGGACUCCAAGAUCAGCUUCUGGGGAUUGUGGCAGCAAAAGAGAAGCCGGAGUUAGAAUUGAAGAAGAAUGAACUGAUCCUGGAAGGAGCAGAANACAAGAGGCAGCUGAAAACAAUUGAAGAUAAAAUUCUCAAGGUGCUCUCAUCAUCAGAAGGCAACAUCCUGGAAGAUGAAACUGCAAUCCAGAUCCUAUCCUCCUCCAAGACUUUAUCAGAGGAAAUUUCAGCAAAACAAGAAAUUGCUUCAGAGACUGAGAAACAAAUUGAUGAGACAAGGAAUGGUUACAAGCCAGUAUCCAUUCACUCAGCUGUUCUCUUCUUUUGCAUUUCCGAUCUCGCUAACAUCGAGCCAAUGUACCAGUAUUCCCUUACAUGGUUCAUAAACCUUUAUCUCAUGUCGAUUCAAAACAGUGAAAAAUCUGAUGUAUUGGCGGACAGAAUUGAGAAUCUGAACGAUCACUUUACCAUCAGCAUUUACAACAAUGUGUGCAGAUCUUUGUUUGAAAAAGACAAACUUCUUUUCUCUUUUGUUCUUACUGUGGCUUUACAAAGCAGUGCCGGUAAAAUUGAUGAUGAUGUUUGGAGGUUCUUUCUCACUGGAGGAGUUGCUCUUGAAAAUCCAUAUCCGAAUCCUGCUCCGGAGUGGCUUCAGGAUAAAGCUUGGUCCGAGAUUGUUCGCGCUUCUAACUUGAAAAACCUCAAUGGGCUUAUGGAUCAUUUCAGGAACAAUAUUAAGUUGUGGCAAGCUGUGUAUGAUUCUGCAACCCCACACUCAGAUAAAUUCCCUGAUAAGUGGAACAUGUUAUCUGGCCUUGAUCGCAUGGUGGUACUACGUUGCAUCAGACCCGACAAAGCUGUCCCUGCCGUGCAAGAUUACAUUGUUGAUCAGAUGGGUAGAGCCUUCAUUGAACCUCCCACAUUUGACUUGGCUGGAUCAUAUAGUGACUCUACAUGUUGCACGCCACUUAUAUUCGUGCUCUCUCCAGGAGCAGAUCCAAUGGCUGGUUUAUUGAAAUUUGCUGAUGACCGUGGCUUUGGUGGAAAAAGAAUUGGAACCAUUUCUCUUGGCCAAGGUCAGGGUCCAAUUGCUCAAAAAAUGAUCAAUGAUGCAACUUUAGAGGGAACAUGGGUAGUUCUCCAAAACUGUCAUCUUGCCACAAGUUGGAUGACAACACUUGAGAAAAUAUGUGAAGAGGUUAUUGUACCAGAAAACACACACAAGGAUUUCAGAUUGUGGCUCACAAGUUAUCCUUCUGAAAGAUUCCCUGUCCCCAUACUACAGAAUGGAGUUAAAAUGACGAAUGAGCCUCCCAAAGGUAUGAGAGCAAAUUUGCUGAGGUCAUAUCUCAAUGAUCCAAUAUCUGACCCCACAUUCUUUUCGGCUUGCAAUAAACCAAAGGAGUGGCAGAAGUUGCUUUUUGGUUUGUGUUUCUUCCAUGCGAUGGUGCAAGAGAGGCGUAAGUUUGGUCCACUAGGUUGGAACAUUCCAUACGAGUUCAAUGAGUCAGAUCUUCGUAUCAGCAUGAGACAAUUGCAGAUGUUCCUAAAUGAAUAUGAAGAGUUGCCACUACAAGCACUGACUUAUCUAACUGGGGAAUGUAACUAUGGAGGUCGAGUUACUGAUGAUAAGGACAGGAGACUCCUUUUGUCUCUUCUCUCUAUUUUCUAUAAGCCUGAUAUUGUGUUGGACGAUCAAUACAAGUUCUCUCCAAGUGGGAUGUAUUACGCUCCACCAGACGGACCUUAUCAGUCGUACCUGGAUUAUGUAAGAGAACUCCCCCUCGUACCUCAUCCAGAGGUAUUUGGGCUCCAUGAGAAUGCUGAUAUCACCAAGGACAACCAGGAAACUCUCCAACUCUUUGAUGGAAUCCUCCUCACUCUUCCUAGGCAGUCCGGAGGUGGAGGAAAGUCACCAGAGGAAGUGAUUGACGAACUUGCAGCUGAUAUCCUCACGAAGCUACCUCCGGAUUUCGACAUUGAGAAAGUGAUGAUCAAAUACCCAGUGGUUUACAAUGAGUCUAUGAACACUGUGCUCAGGCAAGAGCUUAUUCGAUUCAAUCGACUCACAGCCGUGGUAAGAUCCAGUUUGAUCAACUUGCGUAAAGCCAUUAAGGGUUUGGUAGUGAUGUCAUCUGAACUAGAGGAAGUAUUUACUUCCAUGCUGAUUGGAAAAGUUCCAGCAAUGUGGGCAUCCAAGUCCUACCCAUCUCUCAAGCCAUUGGGAGGUUAUGUCACAGAUCUCUUGGCACGUCUUCAAUUUUUCAAUGAUUGGAUAGCCAAUGGUAUUCCCAACGUAUUUUGGAUUUCUGGGUUUUACUUUACGCAGUCUUUCCUCACUGGUGCUUCGCAAAACUAUGCCAGAAAAUACACUAUUCCUAUUGAUCACAUUGGUUUUGAGUUUGAAGUUCUAUCGUUUGAACAUGAAACAGAUAUCGAGAAGAAACCUGAAGAUGGUGUCUAUGUCCGAGGUCUCUUUUUGGAAGGAGCGCGUUGGGACCGCGAGGCAAUGCAGAUGGGAGAGUCUCUUCCCAAAGUCCUCUACGACGCAAUUCCAAUUUUGUGGUUGAAACCCGGAGAAAACUCUAAGUUUGAACCCCAUCCUACAUACACCUGCCCUGUGUAUAAGACGAGUGCUCGGAGAGGAACACUGUCCACAACAGGACAUUCAACAAACUUUGUUAUGAUGAUUGACGUACCAUCUGACAAACCCCAAAGCCAUUGGAUAAACCGUGGUGUAGCCAUUCUUUGUCAGCUGGACGACUAAUGUGACAUAUAUGCGAUUACUUUCUUAGUUAUUAUAUAAAACCAUUUUUCUGUUAGAGUUUCCUUGCCUUCCUUGUACAUUUUAUAAGUGUUUAUUUAAAGUAUUAUAGUUUUUUGUGACAACUUCACUGUGGUGUAUUUCUUCCGUAGCAAAAUUGGUAUUGUUCUCGUAGUUGAAGCUUAAGUUACUAAAAAAUUUGAUAUAUGAGAGCACUUUAAAAAAUUAAUAUCACGUAAACUUUAUGA